AUCCGGAUCCAGCGGGGUGCAUCGACGUUCCGUUCUUGAGCAGGUUUUGAUGAAAAUUUUGUGAGCUGAAUGAACAAUGCGCGCCCUAGCAGCUCAACUUUCGAAUUAUUUAUGCAGAAGAAGAGUUGGGGUCAAUCUGCGAUCUCAUAAUUUUUCAUCAUAUAAUGGCAAAGAGGAACUAUCAAUAGAGGAAGAAGCUGAGAGAAAAGUUGGGUGGCUAUUGAAGACGAUAUUUUUUGCGACUGCAGCCGCAGCAGGAUACCAUUUCUUUCCUUAUAUGGGAGAUAAUUUGAUGCAACAGUCCGUUUCACUUUUGCGUGUCAAGGAUCCGUUGUUUAAACGGAUGGGAGCUUCUAGAUUGGCUCGUUUUGCAGUUGAUGAUGAAAGGAGGAUGAAGAUAGUUGAGAUGGGUGGAGCCAAAGAACUCUUAAAUAUGUUAAGCACAGCAAAAGAUGACCGCACACGGAAAGCGGCAUUGCAUGCUCUCUCUGCAUUGUCAAACUCAGAUACAGCUCUUGCAUCCUUGCAUCAUGCUGGGGCCAUUUCAAUCAUUAGGUCUGCACCAAAUUCACUUGAGGAUGCAGAAGUUGAGAAAUUCAAGUUAAGCUUGAUGAAAAGGUUCCAAGAUCUGAGAUAUGAUGUGUCGUCGUGACUUUUACUUGAGGUGUUUGCCUUUUCUUGUUUUUGGUUGGUUUGGUGAAUGAAAUAUCAUCAUAGAGAGAGAGUAAGCUAGCAAUGAAAGCAUUUUUGAAGAAGACUAGAAAUGACUCUGUAUCUUUUGACUAAAUCUAGUAGAAGACUAUAGUUCUAUUAUCAUUUUGUAUUUUUCACUUGUCAAGUGCAAUUUGAGGCUCACUGUUAUGCCAAUCGUAAUAAAAUGGAAAAUUUUUAUGUGCCCG